AAAAUGGAAUGGAGACUACAAUCAGUUGUCACCAAAAAGAAUUUUGCAAGUCAAUGAUUUGUGAAUAUAAUUUCCCAACUAGCCUUUCAUGUAUGAAGCAGAAUCCUUCAAAGAUUUUUCUUUUAUCUGUUAAGGCCUAACAAAGCUCUAUAGGUGUGUCACCAGACAAUGCACCCAACAUGGCAGUGACCAUUGUAUCAGUGGCAACUCUUUCCACCAUUGUUAGCCUACCUAAAAUUUUUUUUCAGUGAUGGCUUGCAACGAUACUCCCACUGAUUCUUAUGAUUCCCUUCUGCUGAAUAUGAGCAACCUGUCCCCAGCAUCCAGAUCUGUGGUUUUGUCCACCCCACUCAGGAUUCUGCUGGCAUUAGUCAUGAUGCUGAUGAUUGCCGUUGGAUUCCUCGGCAAUGCCAUUGUCUGCUUCAUCGUGUACCAGAAACCCGCCAUGCGUUCAGCCAUUAAUCUGCUCUUGGCCACCCUGGCCUUUUCUGAUAUCAUGCUGUCCUUGUUUUGUAUGCCUUUCAUGGCAGUCACCAUGAUCACUGUGCACUGGCAUUUUGGUGCCUCCUUCUGCCGUUUUUCAGCCAUGCUUUAUUGGUUUUUUGUCUUGGAAGGUGUUGCCAUCCUCCUCAUCAUCAGUGUGGACCGCUUCCUCAUCAUUGUCCAGCGCCAAGACAAACUGAAUCCUGGAAGGGCCAAGGUGAUGAUUGCAGUCUCCUGGGCUCUGUCCUUCUGUAUUUCAUUUCCCUCCCUAGUGGGCUGGACUUUUGUGGAAGUGCCCACCCGGGCCCCCCAGUGUGUGCUGGGUUACACAGAGUUUCCAGCAGACCGGGCUUACGCCGUGAUACUGCUGGUCACAGUUUUCUUUGUACCGUUCAGCAUCAUGCUCUAUUCCUAUUUAUGCAUCCUAAACACUGUGCGCAGGAAUGCCAUCAGAGUCCACAAUCACACUGAGAGCCUCUGCCUGAGCCAGGUGAGCAAACUAGGGCUGAUGGGUCUCCAGCGGCCGCACCCACUGAACAUCGACAUGAGCUUCAAAACAAGGGCCUUCUCCACCAUCUUCAUCCUCUUCAUUGGCUUUUCCUUCUGUUGGUUGCCUCAUACUAUCUUCAGCCUCAUGUCUGUUUUUAGCCGCAAGUUUUACUACAGCUCUUCUUUCUAUAUUACCAGCACCUAUGUUCUGUGUCUCAGUUACCUCAAAUCCGUCUUCAACCCUGUCAUCUACUGCUGGAGAAUCAAGAAAUUCCGUGAAGCUUGCAUGGAGUUUCUACCCAAAACAUUCAAGAUCUUUCCCAAAAUGCCUGGGCGGACAAGGAGGAGGAUCCAUCCAAGUACCAUCUAUGUUUGCAGUGAGCAUCAGUCAGCAGUUUAGGGAAGAACCAAAGAGGAAAGACUGAGCAAAUGGUCAUGGAAAGAAUUUAGUUUUUGUUCUCAGCAUCUAAUAGUGAUAGCGGGUUGGCUGCCUUUUGUGAUAAGUGAUAUAUGCUGUCUUUAUGAAUUAUUCAAUUAAAUGACCUACUGCUCCAAAUUGGGCGAGGAUAUCAUUCAACAAAUUCAAUUCAAUAAGUCUGUGUUGAGUACCUGCUAUGUGCAAGAAAUUGCAGUAGACACUGGAUUUGAGGAUUUAAAUUAUUUUGCGAUACUGUGAAAAAGUCCUAGAUUUGGAGAAAGAGGCUUAGGUUCAACUUCUGGUUCUACCCACUUGAAUGAAUUUGGGAAACUCUCUGGAUCUCAAUUCUUCAUCUAUGAAAUUAGGGGCUUGGAUUAGAUAAUCUUUCAGGUCCUUUCUAGUUUGAAAUCUAUAAUUUGAUUACUGAAACAAUCCUUGCUCUCAAGAAUCUGAUAAAUUGUAAUCUGGAAAAAAAAAAGUCAGUUGGUUACUUAUUCAUUACAAAUAACAUGGUCUGAUGAAAACUGUCUGGUAAUUUUAAGAAAAUACUGUGUGUGUAUGUGGAGGAGGUAGUAGGUUGUAUUAAGAUGAUUUAGGUUUUCACCUUCACCUCCUUCCUGAACCUAAUUCCACAAAAACUCAUGGUGCCAUAUUGUAAUAAUAUAAAAAUACUCAAAACAACCAAUAUGGUAAGUAUGAUGUAUGUCUUGAUAUUAUUUUUUUAAUUGCAAUUUCUCUCUUUGCAGCACUUUUUGUUAUUAUUUAUCCUUUGUUUUGGAAAAGGAUCAAGCCCACUUUGAAAUAGUAUUUGUUUCCAAGAGUUGCCAUUGCAUACACUUGCAAAACAACAUCUCUUGGCUUUCUACUUCAAUCAGUCUACAAACAUUUAUUAUUAUUGUGGCCAGGCACUGUGUUAGGUACUGGGGAUAUAAGUACAAAGAAUGAAAUAAUCUGUACUCAAUUUCUGAAACUUAUUAAUCUUUUCUGAAACAUAUUGAUCUUUAAGGCAUAGAUUCUAUCUUAGUGAGACACAAUGAACUGUUUGGCUUCUGACUUGCCUUAUCUGAAUAUACAUGCACAUACCAUGAUGCCUUUCUUUUCACUUGACCACAUGUAAUUGUGGAUAGCACAAUGACUUUCUUUUCUGGUUUUGUUUUUCAAAUUCUUUUUCCAGUUACAUGUACAUUUUAAAAUAUUUUUUAAAAUUUUGAAUUCAAAAUUCUCUCCUUUCUUUCUUCCCCUCUUCCCAUUGAGAAAGGGAACAAUUUUAUAUAGGUUUAGAAUGUGGAGUCACACAAAACAUAUUUCCAUAUCAGUCAUGUUGUGAAAGAAAAUAUAGACUAUCCCCCUCACCCCAAAAAUAAGAAAAAUAAAGUAAAAAAGUAUGCUUCAAUCUGCAUUCAGACUCCAUAAGUUCUUUCUCUAGACGUUUAUAGCAAUUUUGUAUAAGUCCUUUGGAACUGUCUUAGAUCAUUGUGUUACUGAAAAUAGUAAAUCAAUCACAAUUGAUCAAUGUACAUAAUAUUGUACUACUGUAUACAAUAUUCUCCUGAUUAUGUUAAUUCCAUUUUGCAUCAGUUCAUAUGCCUUCACAGAUUUUUUUAAACAAUUCUGCUUAUCAUUUUUAUAACAUCAUAGUUUCUAUUAAAAUCAUUUGUUCAGCCAUUCCCCAAUUGAUGGAUAUCUCAAUUUCCAAUUCUUUGCCAUCAUAAAAGAAACUGUUAUAAAUAUUUUUGUACAUAUAGGUUCUUUUCCUUUUAAAAUAUCUCCUCUGGAUACAUAGUAGUUCUGUUUCUGGAUCAAAGUAUAUGUUUUUUGAGCAUAGUUCCAAAUUGUUUUACAGAAUAAUUGGAUCAGUUUACAGCUCCACCAACAGUGCAUUAGUAUCCUAAUUUUCCAACAUCCCCCACAAAAUUAGUCAUUUUCCUUUUCUGUCAUAUUGACCAAUCUGAUUGGUGUGAGUUAUUUUAAUUUCCAUUUAUCUAAUCAAUAGUGAUUCAGAGUGUUUUUUCAUAUGACCAUAGGUAGCUUUGAUUUCUUCAUCUGAAAACUGUCCACAUCCUUUGAUCAUUUGUCAACUGGGGGUUGGUUUAUAUUCUUAUAAGUUUAAAUCUAUUCUCUAUAUAAUUGACAAAUGAGGCCUUUAUUGAGAAACUUUCUAGAAAUCCCUUCCCUGAAUUUUCUGCUUUUCAAGUAAUCUUAGCUGCUUUGGUUUUGCUUAGCACAGUGAACACAAUUCUUAUAGAAUUCUUAACUUUAUGGAGCAGUACUUUAAACUCAAUUUACUUUCUGUACCACUGUCCCUCUCUAUUUUCCACCUUGGCCUCAGAUCCCAUUCUUUUAUCCUCUCCUUUUUUCUACUUUCUAUUUCUCUUUUUGAUUUCUCAGAUGUACUCUUUAAUUCAUUCAACAACAACAACAAAUCCUAUUUCUUUGUUUUCAUUGAUUUCUUCUGCCUUUUAGGAGUGGAAGGGUGAUAGUUAUUUACAAAUUGCUUCUUUAAACUUUAUUUUCCUUCUUCAGUUUAUAAGGUUAUUGGACUCUAGGCCAAUACCUUUCAUAAGCACAAAAUCUGCUUCAGUAGAGAAAUUAUUGCUUCUAAGGAGAGGAACAAAAUGCUACCUUCUUAGAAUAGCCUGUUCACUUUAAUGCUCCUCCUACUUCCCUCUAUGAGUAUUCCUCUACUUUCCAUCCUGUCCUUCACCUGGAUAGCUCAGAUCCCAGAAAUCCAAGCAUGCUUUGAAGCUCUGAUAAGUUGCCUGAUUGUGUGUGUGUGUGUUUGUGUUCUUCAUACUGGUCCCUGUAUAACAUAUGGCAGCC